AUGUCCAGAGCCCUGCUUUCGAGAUGCGCCCGGCAGAGCGCCCCAGCACUGCGGGCCGGCGCCAGGCGAAACUACGCGGCAGCUGCAUCCUCCGCGCCGCCUUUUGACUGGCAGGACCCUCUCAAUGCGAAGAACCUCUUGACGGAGGAGGAGCUGGCCAUUUCAGAGACGGCGGAGAAGUAUUGCCAGGAGCAAUUGCUACCCAGGGUCCUUCAGGCCUACCGCGAUGAGAACUACCACCGCGAAAUCCUGACCGAGAUGGGCGAGCUCGGCCUGCUGGGCGCCACGAUCGACGGGUACGGCUGCGCCGGCGUGUCGACGGUGGCGGGCGGGCUGAUCACAAAGGCGGUGGAGCGCGUGGACUCGGGCUACAGGUCUGGCAUGUCGGUUCAGUCGUCGCUGGUCAUGGGCGGGAUCCACGAGUUCGGCACGGCCGAGCAGAAGGACAAGUUCCUGCCCGGCAUGGCGAGGGGCAAGAUUCUGGGCGCCUUCGGCCUGACGGAGCCGAACCACGGGUCCGACCCGGGCAGCAUGGAGACGACGGCGCGGCCGCACCCGGACAAGAAGGGCUACUACCUCCUCAGCGGCUCCAAGACGUGGAUCACCAACAGCCCCAUCUCGGACGUGUUCCUGGUGUGGGCGAAGCUGGCGGAGACGGGCAAGAUCCGCGGCUUCCUCGUCGAGCGGGACGCCUGCCCCCCGGGCACCCUCGAGACGCCCGCCAUCAAGCACAAGACGGGCCUGCGCGCCAGCAUCACGGGCAUGAUCCAUCUGGACGGCGCGCCCGUCGCCCACGAGAUGAUGUUCCCUGACAUCGAAGGGCUGCGGGGCCCCUUCUCGUGCCUCAACAGCGCGCGCUACGGCAUCGCCAUGGGCACCGUCGGCGCGCUCGAGGACUGCAUCGAGCGCACGAGGGCGUACGCGCUCGAGCGCCGCCAGUUCAAGAGCAACCCCAUCGCGAAGUACCAGCUGGUGCAGCGCAAGCUGGCCGACGCGGCCACGGACGCGGCGUACGGCAUGCUGGCGGCCAUCCAGGUCGGGCGCCUCAAGGACGAGGGCAAGGCGUCGCCCGAGAUGAUCAGCAUGAUCAAGAGGCAGAACUGCGACCGGGCGCUCGUCAACGCCCGGGUGCUGCAGGAGGUGUUUGGGGGCAAUGCCGUUAGCGAUGAGUAUGCUAUCGGCAGGCACGUUGCCAACUUGUUUGUCACGCAGACUUAUGAGGGCCAAAGUGAUAUUCACAGUUUGAUACUCGGCAGAGCCAUUACUGGUAUCCAGGCCUUUGUCUAG